AUGGCUGCAGAAAAACUUUUAUGGCUGACGAUCGUUCUUCUUCGCCUAUGGCUCGGAGCUACGGAUCUGUGUUAUGCUCAAUCCACACAUCUGACUCUACAAGAUCUGUUGCCUGAAGACCCCCGUAUGUACGACAAGAUGAGACCUCCGAAAGUGAACGACCAGCCGACAAUCGUGGACUUUCACGUCACAGUCAUGGGACUAGAUUCUAUUGAUGAAACUUCUAUGACUUAUGCUGCAGACAUAUUUUUUGCCCAAACCUGGAAAGAUCAUCGUUUAAGGUUACCAGAAAAUAUGACUUCGGAAUAUAGACUGCUGGAAGUAGACUGGCUGAAACAUAUGUGGCGACCAGACUCCUUCUUCAAGAAUGCCAAAUCAGUGACGUUUCAAACUAUGACCAUUCCAAAUCACUAUGUGUGGUUAUCGAAAGAGAAGGCGAUAUUGUAUAUGGUGAAACUGACUCUUAGACUGUCAUGCGCUAUGAAUUUCUUGAUCUACCCACAUGAUACUCAGGAGUGUAAACUUCAAAUGGAAAGCUUAUCCCAUACGACGGACGACCUGAUCUUCCAGUGGAACACUGAGCUUCCGUUGGAAGUGGAUGAGAACAUCGAGUUACCACAACUAGAGCUCGUGCAGAACUCAACAGCUGACUGCACUCAUGUAUACUCCACAGGUAACUUCACCUGCUUGGAAGUGAUCUUCAAAUUAAAGCGUCGUCUUGGAUAUCACCUUUUCAAUACUUACAUACCGACCUGUUUGAUAGUCAUCAUGUCUUGGGUGUCUUUUUGGAUCAAGCCGGACGCGGCGCCUGCUCGAGUGACUCUAGGCGUAACGUCACUACUCACAUUGUCAACGCAACAUGCAAAGUCGCAGGCGCAACUGCCACCCGUAUCCUAUCUGAAGGCAGUUGAUGUAUUCAUGUCUGUGUGUACUGUAUUCGUGUUCAUGGCGCUGAUGGAAUAUUGCCUGGUUAACAUUGUUUUGGGCGAUGGGACUGGAAAAACAAAGGAUGCGGCCGAAGCAGCCCGGGCCAAGACUCGGGCGAUCAACAUAGACCGUUUCUCUCGAGUCUUCUUCCCUACGUUAUUCUCUUUGCUCAACGCCAUCUACUGGAUACAUUUCGCUCAAUACAUCUGA